AUGAUUAUAGACUACCUGAAAACAUUAAAAAUCAAAUUAAUUAAAUUGUAUAUAUAAGAAAUAAUAUAUUUACAUAUUAAGAGUUGUUUAUUGUCAACUAGAAAGUUAAAGAACAAAAGAUUUUUUAAUGAAAAUAGAAUAAUUUUCCAAAAAAUAAUCUUUAUAAAGCUUACUCUUUAAUUGUUAGAAAAUUAAUAACUGAUAAUUCUGUUUUUAUUUCAACUACUUACUAAAACUAUGUGA